AUGUCAUCAUUUGAAAUAAUUAAUAAUCAUCAAAAUGAAGAUAAAUUAGAUGAUAUACGGGGAAGUUCAUCUUUACCUGAUGAUUCAUCUUUAUUACCAUCAAACCUUUUAUCUAUGGAAAAAAAAGAAAGUGAUCCUGAAUGUUUAUCGAAAGAUCUUUUUUCAAAUAUGUUUUAUCGUAAUCGACGAGCAUCAAUAUCUCGUCCUUAUUUUCAUCAUUGGCGAAGAGCUCGUGAUAAUAAUCGUCAUCCAACAAAAAAUUUAUUAGCAUUUUCACCUCGUUUAGGUAAACGAGCAUAUGACAAUGAUCAACAAUCCGAUGUUCUCAUUAAUAAACAACAAUUAGAAAACGAAAAUCAAUUAAAUGAUCUUGAUACAUUUCUUAUUGGCUAUUUACUAGGAAAAAACAUUGAUAUUAUUUAUGAAGAUCCAACAAAAAUUUGUUUAUCACAAGCUAUUAACAAUGAUCUUAUUCAAGAAAUGUUUGAGAAGUAUCACACGAAUCGAUCUCAACAAGAUAAAGAUAAUGCACGAGAACAACAUUUAAGCGAUAAAGAUCCAUUUUGGUUUCGCUAUCGUCUUGGCCAAUGA